GCCUGGGGCCUCGGGGGCGGCCCUGAUCGUCCUUCUCCCCGCCCGGGCCGGGUCACGGUUGUGCCUCCGGCGGCGCUCGGCCACCUCUGUGUCUCCGCCCUCGCUGGGUCGCGCUGCUGCCUGGGCGCGGCGGCGGCGCCCUGUUGAAUGGGCUGUGAGGGCCCGGGUCUGAAGUGCUGGUGGACGCGGCCUCCGGGGGCGCAAGGCAGCAGCAGCGGUGGCGACCAAACGGGUGUUGGAGUUGGCAGCGGCCAUGGAGGGCCUGGCUGGCUAUGUGUACAAGGCGGCCAGCGAGGGCAAGGUGCUCACUCUGGCUGCCUUGCUCCUUAACCGGUCGGAGAGCGAUAUCCGCUACCUGCUGGGCUAUGUCAGUCAGCAGGGAGGACAGCGCUCCACACCCCUCAUCAUCGCAGCCCGCAAUGGGCACGCCAAGGUGGUGCGCUUGCUGUUAGAACACUACCGUGUGCAGACCCAGCAGACUGGCACCGUCCGCUUCGACGGGUAUGUCAUUGACGGUGCCACUGCCCUUUGGUGUGCUGCGGGAGCCGGACAUUUUGAAGUUGUUAAGCUUCUAGUCAGCCAUGGAGCCAACGUGAACCACACCACAGUCACUAACUCAACUCCAUUGCGGGCAGCAUGCUUUGAUGGCAGACUGGACAUUGUGAAAUAUUUGGUUGAAAAUAAUGCCAAUAUCAGCAUUGCCAACAAGUAUGACAACACCUGCCUGAUGAUCGCGGCCUAUAAGGGGCACACUGAUGUGGUCAGAUACCUCUUAGAACAACGUGCUGACCCCAAUGCUAAAGCACACUGUGGAGCCACAGCACUGCACUUCGCAGCCGAAGCUGGUCACAUUGACAUUGUGAAAGAACUGAUAAAAUGGCGAGCUGCAAUAGUGGUGAAUGGCCAUGGGAUGACACCGUUGAAGGUAGCUGCCGAAAGCUGUAAAGCUGAUGUCGUUGAACUGUUGCUCUCUCAUGCUGACUGUGACCGCCGAAGUCGGAUUGAAGCCUUGGAGCUCCUGGGUGCCUCCUUUGCAAAUGACCGUGAGAACUAUGACAUCAUGAAGACAUACCACUAUUUAUAUUUAGCUAUGUUGGAGAGGUUUCAGGAUGGUGACAACAUUCUUGAAAAAGAGAUUCUCCCACCCAUCCAUGCUUAUGGGAACAGAACUGAGUGUAGGAACCCACAGGAAUUGGAGGCUAUUCGGCAAGACAGAGAUGCUCUUCACAUGGAGGGCCUUAUAGUGCGGGAACGGAUUUUAGGUGCUGACAACAUUGAUGUUUCCCACCCCAUCAUUUACAGAGGCGCUGUCUAUGCUGAUAACAUGGAGUUUGAGCAGUGCAUCAAACUGUGGCUUCACGCGCUCCAUCUCAGACAGAAAGGUAAUAGGAAUACCCAUAAGGAUCUGCUUCGGUUUGCUCAAGUCUUCUCACAGAUGAUACACCUCAAUGAAGCUGUGAAGGCCCCAGACAUAGAAUGUGUUUUGAGAUGCAGUGUCUUGGAAAUAGAGCAGAGCAUGAAGAGAGUUAAAAACAUCUCCGAUGCUGAUGUCCACAGUGCCAUGGAUAACUAUGAGUGUAACCUCUAUACCUUUCUAUACCUUGUGUGCAUCUCCACCAAGACCCAGUGUAGUGAAGAAGACCAGUGCAGAAUUAACAAGCAGAUCUACAACCUGAUUCACCUGGACCCCAGAACCCGGGAAGGUUUCACCUUGCUCCACCUGGCUGUCAACUCCAACACACCAGUCGAUGAUUUCCACACCAACGAUGUCUGCAGCUUUCCCAACGCGCUGGUCACAAAGCUCCUGCUGGACUGUGGCGCUGAGGUAAAUGCGGUGGACAAUGAGGGGAACAGUGCCCUCCACAUUAUCGUCCAGUACAACAGGCCCAUCAGUGAUUUUCUCACCUUGCACUCCAUCAUCAUCAGCCUUGUAGAGGCUGGAGCUCACACCGACAUGACAAACAAGCAGAAUAAAACUCCGCUAGACAAAAGUACAACUGGGGUGUCUGAAAUCCUGCUUAAAACUCAGAUGAAGAUGAGUCUCAAGUGCCUGGCCGCCCGAGCAGUUCGGGCCAAUGACAUUAACUACCAAGACCAGAUUCCCCGGACUCUGGAAGAGUUUGUUGGAUUUCAUUAAGUGACUGGAUGUGUAAAAUCGUUUAAUGUGGUGCUAAAAAGUAAAGGACUUUAAUCACAGA